AUAACGAAGUUGCCUUAUUGAGUUUCACAGAAGUUUCACAGUGCACAUCGUUGAAUAGUUCCAUCUCCAAAAUGAAAAAGGAACUUGAGCAAGAAGUACAUUCGUGGAUCACUGAUACAUUCAAAGAACGAAACUAUAACACUAUUGAUAUUGAAUUUCCUGAUUAUGAUACCAGUGGCGGAGCUUUAGGUGAUAUAAUAUUCGUAAAUGUGAUUGGUCGAUCAGAUGGGUCAGAAGAAAGAUUGAAUCUAUUGAUUAAGCGAAGUAAAUCAGACCAUAUAGUACUCGAUGAUAUGAAUUUAAGAGUGGCAUAUAAGAACGAAAUAAAUUUUUACUCAAAAAUCGUACCGUUUUUCAAAAAAUUUGCAGAAGAAAAAAACACCAGUCCUUUCGAGAAUAUACCCACUUGUUUUGGAACCGUGAUCAAGGAGAACCUUUAUGUUAUUCUGAUGGAGAAUCUGAAACCAAAAGGUUUCAAGAUGCACGAACUAGGAAAACCCCAUGAUAUGGCUUGUGCUAAGUUGGUUCUUGAAGCUUAUGCCAAAUGGCAAGCCUUAUGCUUGGCAGUCAAGGAUCAAGUGCCAGAGGUGUACAGUGUUUUCGGUGCGAACAAUCAGGAUUUCCUGCGAAAGAAAUUAUCGAAACUAUUCAGUGCAUCUGCAGUGAAAGAACUGAAUUUCGUUGUGGGAUUGUAUGAGGAAAAAGGAGAUAAGAUUAUGGUCGAAAAAAUCAGACAGGUCCAGAAUAAUUUCGAAGAAAAUUAUCUAAAGAGCAUCUCAAUUGAACACUGCAAUUUUCCGGUGAUUAGGCAUGGGGACUGUUGGAACAACAAUUUUCUAUUCAGAUUCGAAACUGGAUCAACAAAACCCAAGGAGGUGAUCAUAAUAGAUUGGCAAAACUCUGCGCUGGGUCCUCCUCUUGCGGAUAUAGCUCAGUAUCUCCUGUACACUUGUUCUGCAUCAGAAUACGAGAAUAUAGAUGAUCUUUUGAGAUUUUACUAUAACAUCUUAUCGAAGGGACUGAGGGAACUGGGAAGUGACCCUGAAAAGUGUUUUUCCUGGAAUGAUUGUUACGAAAAUUUCAAAAUAUGUAUUCCUCCUGCGGUUUUCACUAAACCAGUUUUCGUAAGAGCAAGCCUCGCUAAAGAAUUCAACACUUCCUUCGAUCUCAGCCAAUCACCAGACGAUGGAGAUUUCCACGGACUCUUCAGCGAUGAACUUAAGGAUCCAGACGAAUACUUCAAGAGGAUUGACGAUACAUUCAAGAUUUUUCUGGAAAAAGGAUUGAUAUGAUGAAAUACUUGCCAUUACCUACACAUAUUCAAAUAAAUGUAUGUUUUACUGAAAAA